AAGAAAAUUGCAGCAAAUUUCUACUGCACGCUAAAAUAAACACAAAAAUAAUCAUAUAUAUGAGGAAAAUUGAAUAUACUUCUGCAUAAUACAUACAUCGUAGUCGCUUGUGAUUGGUAUUUGUUAAGAAAUAUCUCAAAAGAAUGCUUUAUUUCGGGGAAAAUUGUAUCUAAUUAGUGUAAUUUUUGUGGAUUUGGGUAUGAGUGAUUUAUGUGGAGUGCGGGGACGGACGAACUGCGACACUACCGAGAAUGAACAAAGAAAUUUGUUUGGAAUCGCGGAAAAGUUGAAAAGCGAGAAAAAUAAUUAAUAUAUAAAGUUGCAAAAAUAAAGUAAGCCGCAAGGCGGGCGUUGUUAACGUUUGACCACAAGCUGUGCGGCGUUCAAUUGUGCGUAAAAAUAGAAUUGCGGUAUAUGAAUGUGUGCGUAAAGAAAAGUAAAAUAUAAAAGAAUACCAAAGGAGGUGAAAAAAUUUUCUGCUAUGAUCGGUUGUGGAUGGAGCUACUAAGUAAAACUAUUUACAAAAAAUUAAAUAAGAAUUCAUAAUUUAAUUAAACAGCGAGUGAUAAAAGCAAAAGUUUUUCGGAGUUACAUAUUUUGUUCGUUUUUAAUAAAAUUAACACACAAACUGAGUUUAUACAUCGUCCACCCAAGGUGGAUAAUGAAGGACAAACAGUGUACGGGAAGCGUUUAUUUGUAUUAUUUUAUAAUAAUCAAGAGAGCUUAAGGAACUAUUUCGAUUAAGGUCUACUUUUGGUUUAUUAUAUUACGCUGAAGUUCUUGCAGCACUUAUUUUCUUUUUGAAUUGGUUGGCGGCUUAGUAUCCGCCUAAAAAUAUCCGCCAAUUUGUGGUCGUCAUCCGGAUUUGCUUUUUGUGACGGCGACAGCCCGAACGCCGGCAAAGUGGAUGCUCGGGGAAGUCUGGGGGUUCCCCAGGACUAUACAGGCAUGGUGGGCUUGCCAGGUGGUGGUGGUGCAGGAGGUGCAGGUCAUUUGUAUGGGCCAGUGCCGCCACAAGACACAUUAAUGGUACAAAUGCCACCACCAUCAAACGCUCCCACAUCAGCUGAUGCCUGCCUUAGCAUUGUUCACUCACUCAUGUGUCAUCGGCAAGGUGGUGAAAGUGAAGGUUUUGCAAAACGAGCUAUUGAAUCGCUGGUGAAAAAAUUAAAGGAAAAGCGAGAUGAGUUGGAUUCUCUCAUAACAGCGAUAACCACAAAUGGUGCACAUCCAAGCAAGUGCGUGACGAUACAGCGAACUCUGGACGGUCGAUUGCAGGUUGCUGGACGCAAGGGCUUUCCUCAUGUCAUAUAUGCACGAAUAUGGCGAUGGCCAGACUUACACAAAAACGAACUAAAGCACGUUAAAUAUUGUGCUUACGCUUUUGAUCUCAAAUGCGAUUCGGUAUGCGUUAAUCCGUAUCACUAUGAGCGUGUUGUUUCACCAGGCAUUGAUUUGUCUGGACUCAGCUUGCAGUCUGGGCCAAGUCGGCUUGUAAAAGAUGAAUACUCGGCUGGUCCGUUAGUAGGCGGGAUGGAUAUUGAUGGCAACGACAUCGGAACUAUACAGCAUCAUCCUUCACAGUUAGUUGGUCCGGGCUAUGGAUAUCCACAGGCGGCAGUUGCCGAUUCUAACCAUGUAAUGAGUUCUAUGUACGUUGCGGGUCGCACAAUACCAAAAAUUGAGCCUGGCGAUGGUAGCGGUAUGCCUCGUGGUGCUUGGAUGGUUCCACCGCCACCACGGUUGGGGCAGUCACAACCAUUGCCACAAACGCAGCCACAACAACCACAACAGUCAUCGCAGCAGUCACACCAGCAACAGCAGCAACAGCAACAACAGCAACAGCAGCAGCGUGUGACUCAAGUAUCCCAACACCCGCUUUCUGUACCGCAUGGUAUGUCACUGACUGGACCCAUGAACCCCGGUGGCCCAGUAAUGGGUCCACCUCCCCCGCCACAAAUGCAGACUCAACAGGGCAACGCUCCGAAUGGCAACAUUUUAGCUGGAGCUGGUCAUCACUCUCAAACGAGUUCUCCAAAUGAUGGAUUACAACAGACCCAGAAUUCGGCAGGUGCCGGCGGCAAUGCAGUCGGUGUCGGAGUCAACGUUAGUGGUGGAUCAGGUGCACCAGGAUCAAAUCAAGGCACCUACUAUGGGCCACCAACAACAUCACAAAUGCCCAAUGUAGCAGAGGCCAAAUUCAAUGCUGCAUUGAAUAGUGCCGGGCCGGGUGGUGGCUUACAGCAACCGCAUUCUCCACAUCUACAACAGAAUGGUUAUGUAACAGGUGGCGGUGCGCCUUCAAACUAUGGACAACAAGUAACUAGUGGCGGUAAUGCUGGUGGUAGCAGUGUGCAAUCCGCUGUACAAGCAAAUUCAGGUGGACAAGGAGUGUCUGGUGGUACAGUAGGUGCCGGCGGUACUUGGACAGGAUCCAGCACGUUAACCUACACGCAAUCCAUGCAACCCCCCGAUCCACGCACUCAUCCCACUGGUUAUUGGAAUGCCCCAUUGAGUGGCGAUAUAAGUGGAAAUCAGCAACAACAACAACAACCACGCAUGUUGUCCCGCCAGCCAGCACCAGAAUAUUGGUGUUCCAUUGCAUAUUUUGAAUUGGAUACACAAGUAGGGGAAACGUUUAAAGUACCAUCUGCGAAGCCAAAUGUUAUUAUCGACGGCUAUGUUGACCCAUCCGGGGGUAAUCGCUUUUGUUUGGGAGCUCUUAGUAAUGUACAUCGUACGGAACAAUCAGAGCGUGCUAGGUUGCAUAUUGGCAAAGGAGUUCAAUUGGACCUACGAGGCGAGGGCGAUGUCUGGCUGCGUUGCCUCAGCGACCAUUCGGUAUUUGUACAAAGUUACUAUCUGGAUCGUGAAGCAGGUCGUACACCAGGCGAUGCUGUACAUAAAAUUUAUCCAGUUGCGUGCAUUAAAGUUUUUGAUCUGCGUCAGUGCCAUCAACAAAUGCAUUCAUUGGCCACAAAUGCACAAGCAGCAGCAGCCGCACAAGCAGCUGCUGUUGCUGGACUACCAAGCUCGCAAAUGGGCGGACCACCACGAAAUAUUACAGCAGCUGCUGGAAUCGGUGUUGAUGACUUACGUCGCCUGUGUAUUUUGCGUUUGAGUUUUGUCAAAGGCUGGGGACCUGAUUAUCCACGACAAUCGAUUAAGGAGACACCAUGUUGGAUAGAGGUGCACUUGCACCGAGCUCUACAACUGCUGGACGAAGUGCUACACGCAAUGCCAAUUGAUGGUCCGCGGGCGAUGGCUUAAUGCAAGUUUUUGAUUACUCAGAUUCAUAUAUAAAACUAAUGUAUGAUACGUACACACAUUUAAAAAAAAAAGGAGUUCAACACAUAAUUUAAUUCAGCUCAGUUCAUCACAAUUAAAGAGAAAGUAAAAAAUACUAAAUUAGUGGAGUUGGCAUAUCGAACUUUGUUAAAUUAACGCCAGAAGAACACAAAACGAUUGAAUUUUGUAUCAAAAGUAAGAGGGUACGAUUAUACGACACAUACAUGACGCAUGUUUGUAUUUGCAAGAUAAUCUUCAUUAUAUAAACCAAUUUAAAAUCUUAUUGAUUUUAGUUCGAUAUUAUUUAUUUUCUUUUUAAUACAGUUAAACAAAUAAUGAUAAAAGACUCCAUAAGUUUUAAAAUAAUUAAUUUUAAUAUCCUUUUAUCGCAAUAGUUAAUAUUGUCAGCUUUGCCUUUAUCUUUUAACAUUCUUUGAAUGUUUAAUAUAUGUUUAGACCUUUGUGAUUAAUCGAAAAAGAAAUAAAUUACAAAUAUUGUUUAAAUUUUC